AUGAAGGUUUCGAUUAGCAAUGGCCUGUUGAUCAUUCUGCUACUUGUAUCUGGAGCAUCACAAAUCUAUGCCGAAUUUCGAACCUGUUUCAGCGGCCCAUGUGCUCGCAUGAAGCUGGCAUGCCCAGCUGAAUGCCCACAAGCAUCUCCAACCAACCCCAAAGUGACAAAAGCUUGCCGUUUGAACUGUAAUUCGCCCUUAUGCAAGACCGAAUGCAGAAAUAUUAAACCGAAUUGCAAUGCACCUGGAGCAGCAUGCUUGGAUCCCCGGUUCAUUGGUGCAGAUGGCAUUGUGUUUUACUUUCAUGGCAAGAGCAACGAACAUUUCAGCUUAGUAUCUGAUCUCAACCUACAUAUCAAUGCCCGCUUCAUUGGCCUCCGGCCAGCAGGCAGAACCAGGGACUAUACUUGGAUUCAAGCCCUUGGUAUCCUCUUUGACUCGCACAGUUUCUCUCUUGAGGUCACCAAAGCAGCAACCUGGAAUGAUGAGGUUGACCAUCUAAAGUUCUCCAACAAUGAGAAAGAGAUACUCAUACCAGAGGGCCGCUUAUCUUCAUGGCAAUCCCCAGAAAGCGAUAUUAAAGUACAGAGAAUGUCAAGCAAGAACAGCGUCAUAGUCACUCUCCCAGAAGUUGCAGAGAUCUCAAUCAAUGUUGUGCCAGUAACCAAAGAAGAUGACAGAAUUCAUAACUAUCAGAUACCUUCUGAUGACUGUUUUGCUCACUUAGAGAUUCAGUUCCAGUUCUAUGGUCUAUCGUCAAAAGUUGAAGGGGUAAUUGGCAGGACUUACCAGCCUGAUUUCAAAAACCCUGCAAAGCCAGGAGUUGCAAUGCCAGUUGUGGGAGGAGAGGAUAAGUAUAGGACAACUUCUCUUCUCUCUGCCUAUUGUGGUGCCUGCGUGUUCUCUCCAGCUGGAGUUUUGAACCAAAAAGACUCGUUUCUGAUGGAUUAUAGCAAGCUUGAUUGCACUGGAGGUUCCAACAGUGGACAUGGAAUAGUUUGCAGGAAAUGA